AUGGCCCCCAAGAGCAAGAAGUCCGGUGACACCAUCUCCAGCCGUCUGGCUCUGGUGAUGAAGUCUGGAAAGGUCACCCUUGGCUACAAGUCCACCAUCAAGACCCUGCGUUCCGGCAAGGCUAAGCUGGUCCUCAUUGCUGCCAACGCUCCUCCUCUCCGCAAGAGUGAGCUCGAGUACUACGCCAUGCUGGCCAAGACUCCUGUCCACCACUUCUCUGGCAACAACAUUGAGCUCGGUACCGCUUGCGGUAAGCUCUUCCGCUGCAGCACCAUGGCCAUCCUGGAUGCUGGUGACUCCGACAUCCUCAGCAGCCAGUAG